AUCUCCGCCAAGUAUGCCUAUCAUCGGCGGAUUUUCUGGGCACGUUGUUCCGCGAGCGAAAAUAAACAUCGCCAUCGCAACCCGGCUAGUCGGAAGUCCGAUGGCUUCGGCAACCCACGCUGGGGUCCCCAAAGCCGAGUAGUGCUCGCGCGACCCUUAAGAUGGAUACAAAAGACUCUGAGGCUGGUGGUGUCUGUUUGACUUCACGUCGUCACGUUACGCAUCAGAAGAGCCAAAACUGCGAACAUGCCUCACGCACUUACGUCUCGCGACUCCAACAUGGAGGCUAAGCCUCUGGGGUCCUACGAGAAGACUGGAAUCGAUGUCUUGAUCGUAGGUACUGGUCUGGCCGGUCUCGUUGCCGCGCUCGAAUGCACACGCAAAGGACACAAUGUUCGCGUCCUGGAGAGGAAUGCAGACAUCAACACAGCUGGUGACAUGUACUUCAUGGGUCUCAGCGCAACACGCUUCCUGAAGCAUUGGCCAGAACUCCUCGAGGAGUACAAGAGAAUUUCGCUCCACAAUGCCUGGAUUGAGACCUUCAAGCACUCCGGCGAGGUUGUCAUUCCUCCCAAGAAGGUCGCCGACCGUUUGCGAGCGCAGGGGCUGGAUCCCGACACACCACCUGGCGAGUUUCAGAUGCGCCCACUCGUCUACCGUAUGUUCGUCACCGCAGUAGAGAAGCUCGGUGUCUCAGUCGAGUUCAACCGCAAGAUCGUAGACUACUUUGAGGACGAGUCGACUGGCAAGGGUGGAUGCACAACAGAUGAUGGAAAGAAAUACGAGGCUGACAUUGUCAUCGCGGCCGAUGGUGUAGGAUCCAAGAGUCAGAAGUUAGUUGGUGGUCAAGUUCGCGCCCAGCCGUCUGGACGUGCUAUGUGGCGCGCUGCCUUCCCCAUUCAGGAGCUCGACAAGAACCCCAAGGUCAAGGAAUUCUUCAAGAUGAUGCCCGGCAACGAGCCCAUUGUGAGGACAUGGUUGGGCCCAUCCACUUACGCUCUGACAUUGACUCGUGAGGAUGUCAUGGUCUGGAUCAUGAACCACGAUGUCACCGGUACCGAGAAGGAGAGUUGGAACAACACCAUCGACAAGGAGGAGGUUCUAGACGGUAUGGACAAGAUGGCUGGCAUGGAGAAGGUCAAGUGGGCACCCAUCUUCAAGGAGCUCGUUGAGGUCACACCACCCAACACCAUUGUGAACUUCGAGCUUCUCUGGAGAAACCCUCAACCCGUUUGGGCUUCUCCUGCUGCCCGCGUCAUCCAGAUCGGCGACGCUGCGCACUCAUAUCUUCCAGCCUCUGGCAACGGAGCCACACAAGCCAUCGAAGAUGCUAUCUCGAUUGCCUCAUGUUUACAGAUCGGUGGCAAGGGGAACAUUCCUCAGUCUGUCCGCGUUCACCUCCGCUUCCGCUUCAUCCGCAACUCAUGCGCACAGAAGCUCGGCUUCUCCAACGCCGAACUUCUCCAGGACACCGACUGGGACAAGGUCAAGCUCGACCCGCGUCGCGCUGCACCCAAGCUGCCUAAGUGGGUGUGGUCGCAUGACCCCGAGGCGUACGCUUACGAGAACUACCACAAAGCUGCUGAGAGCAUCAAGAAGGGCAUCAAUAUGGCAGAUGAAGACAGCUAUGAGCCGAACUACCCCAAGGGUUACAAGUACGAGCCCUGGAACAUCGAGAAAAUUAUGGAGGACAUGAGGGCUCACAAGCCUAUCGACCUUGGUCCUGGUGACUGGGAGUAAAUGUCCAUGGCUUUGGUCAUCGGCAAUCACGAAGCUUGCAUGCAUUAGGAGUUAUACAGCGAUAAAUCAGUAUUCAUAAUCACGAACGACA